UUUAUUUGCAAAUUGGGUAGUUCUUGUAGACAUGUUUUUUUCAAAAAAAAAAUGAAAGAAUUUUAACGGAAAGUUAAUUAAAUAUUGUUUAUAGUGAUGAUUGGUUUCAACAGAAUUAUAAUUAACAACGUUGUUGAAAUAGUUUUAACUUGUUGAUCUGAGUAAUGUAUUUUUAUUAAUAAAAAUCAUAAAAUAAUGUAGCUGUAAAAAAAAUUCGAUGGCAAAUCUGAACAUAAACCCAAUACCUUUUUUUAGGUGUCUCUGGACUCUCUGUCUUCUCUUUCCUUUAGGUCUUCUUUUAUUUUUCGAUUAAACAAUCUUGAACAUCGUUGAAUAAUUCUCCGAUAAGCAAUGCAUCUCUGUCUUCUCUUCUUUUAUCUUUUCUUUGGGUCUUCUUUUUAUUAGGUCUUCUCUUUGGCUCCCUUUUUUACAUUUUCUUUUAGGUUGGGAGUGUGGGUUGUGGAUAGGUGGGUGAUGUCCUCGUUCUUCUCUUGUUUUCCCUCUUUCCCUUUCCCUUUUCCUUUCCCUUAUUCCCUUGCUCUUUCCCCUUCCUUUCCCCCUUGAUCAAUGUUGCUGCUGGUGUCUGGCGACCAGGUGACAACAAAUUUUUUAAAGACUUGGCUAAAUAUUAACGUUUUGUUCAAUAUAUUUAUAUUAAACUAUAAAUUAAAAAUAAAAUUUUUAUUUAUUUUCUCAUCUAUAAUUAUUAUUUUGAUUAUUCAAUUUUUAAUUUUCACAAAUGUAUUAAUAACAUCCAAAGAUUAUUAGAUUAUUA